GAUUCCGGUAACAAAGUCUCGCGCCGCAGCGCCAUCACAGGCACAGCCAACAUCACGCUCGGCGGCCGCACCGUCAUCAUGGCCGACGUGCAACUGCGCGGCGACCUGCAUCCCACACGCUCGGCACCCUCUUCUUCAGGCAAAGACGUAACGCCCACGAGUAUCAGCAUAGGGCGCUGUACGGUCAUCAGCCAGGGCAGUGUGAUUAAGCCGCCGAGUAGGAUUAGUAGGGGCCAGGUGCACUAUUAUCCGAUGAAGAUUGGGGAUAAUGUUUUUGUUGGACCAAACUCGACUGUUCAGGCUAUUUCCAUUUCUUCUCAUGUGCAUAUCGGGCAUCACUGCAAUAUCGGUCCCUUUGCUAUUAUUAAGGAAAACGUCAAGAUAUUACCAAACACCGUUGUACCGGCGAACAUGGUCAUUGCGUCGGGAUCCGUGGUGGGUGGUCAGCCGGCGAGGGUGGUGGGCGACGUAGGGGAGGGAUGGGGCGUCAGUGGCGGCGGUGGUGGUGGAUUGGGUGUUGGCGGUGGAGGAGAGGAGAAGUGGGUGGAAGGUGGCGAUCUUAGGGAGCUCGUUAGAAGUAUUAGAUGA